CUGUAUCUUUUUAUAUUAUCUAGAUAUUGCAAAGAUUUAAUUGGUAGUUAUUUCUGUACCUCGCCCUUCCGACGACUGCCUAGGUGGCAUUUUCAGGACGUCACAAUUUUAGAAUGCCAAUCCAGGCGCCUCAAUGGACGGACUACCUCAAUUGUCCGGUGUGCUGUCGCGAGUUCGGUCCACCUCCCCGGAGCCCUAUCAGCCUUGCUUGCGGCCACACUCUCUGUAGACACUGCCUCAAACAUUUACAUAGAAAACAAUGUCCUUACGACCAGACUGUGAUCCAAAUAGAAUUGGAGGACUUGGUGGUGAACACGGCGCUGCUACAGCUGGCGGGCUACACGCCGCCCUCUCAGCCGUACCAUCCGCCGUGCAUACAGGCGUUGCCGGAAGUGGACCGGGAGGCGUACGAUGUGAUCGUACGCAGCAUGGAGCACCUCGCCGUUUACCUCAAGUAUUGCGGAAAUGUCAACAACGGUAUGGGCAGCCGCCUCUCGCGCCCGAUGCAGAGGAAGCUGGUGACAUUGCUGCAGUGCGCGAUGACAGACGAGGAGGGGCGAGAGAGAGCCGUUCGGGCGGCUCGCUCGCUCGGAGAGAGGACAGUCACAGAGCUCAUACUCCAACAUCAGAAUUCUCAGCAGCUAAGUGCCAAUUUAUGGGCGGCAGUCAGGGCACGCGGUUGUCAGUUCCUCGGCCCAGCAAUGCAAGAAGAGGUACUUAAAUUGGUAUUACUUGCACUUGAAGAUGGCUCAGCAUUGUCAAGAAAGGUGUUAGUGAUGUUUGUCGUCCAAAGAUUAGAGCCUCACUUCCCGCAGGCUUCCAAAACUAGCAUAGGCCACGUCGUCCAGCUCCUAUACAGGGCUUCUUGUUUUAAGGUAUCAAAACGCGAAUGCGACUCAUCACUAAUGCAAUUGAAGGAGGAGUUUCGCACGUACGAGUCGCUACGGCGGGAGCACGACGCCCAGAUAGUCCAGAUAGCGACGGAGGCCGGCCUCCGGAUAGCGCCGGACCAGUGGAGUGCGCUACUAUACGGCGAUACGACGCACAAGAGUCACAUGCAGAGUAUCAUUGACAAGUUGCAAACACCACAGUCGUUCGCACAAUCGAUCCAAGAGUUGUUCAUAGCACUGCAGAGGACUGGUGACCCGGCACAAUUAGGCACGAUGAGCAUACACCUCGAUAGGCUCGCAAACAUCGAUCCUAGUCCAGAUGCGAAAAGCCCAUCGUGGAGACAGUUGGCGGACGUGAUGGCUUCACUGAAGGAGGUGGUCUCCAGGUUAAUACAUUACCUGCAGCACCAGGCCAGUAAUCGCGACGCCAACCACAAUCCAAAGUAUGCCCCACAAGAACGCUGCAUCGAGCCUUCCACGAGCCAGCCAUCUCCGCAGACAGCGGUCUCCACGCCCACCCACACUAAGUACAAGGUGUCGAUGUGUAGGGACACCGCCAACCGCUCCUUCUGUCCACGUGGCAACACGUGCACCUUCGCACAUUCCGAAGAGGAGCUCGAGAGAUACCGAUCAACGAAUGCGACGAAUGGUAAUUACCCAUUCAUGACAGCACUACCGUCGACGAUACCGAUGCCGCCGCCGCCCCUACCGCCCAUAUCGCUGCCACAGCCGAUGUAUCCGCGGUUCCCGCUACCGCAACACCCGACUCACGCGCACAUGGAUAAUUAUAAUCAUCCACCAUCAAUGCCGGCGAUGCCCAAUCAAGCCUUGUCCUCUGAUAUACUGCCGAAUCCUGAUUUCCAGCCGGAUUCAGCGCACAACGUGGAUGGAAUUGCACCCUCAAAUUAUGCGUCGUCAAUGCUCCAUAGCCAGUCGCCAUUGGGAAUGAACCAAAACGGGAUAAUGAUAUCGGUCUCCGAACGGCCCUACUAUGGCCGUUUCAGUGGGAUCCUUACCAUACACGAGGAGCCCACGAACAAUCUCCAAUACACCAGGCCCGACUUCACCAGUCCAAUGUUCCAAACGCAAGCCUCAAAUAUGCCAUACCAAGCUGGGGAGCAGAACUUGGCGUCAUCAAUGACCAACAUCUUCGUCCCCAUUCAGCAUGAUCAGCCGAGGAACAUAAGUCCUUUCCCAUUCGAAGAUUUCCCAUCGGAUGACUAUCUCCUGCCGGACUACAGAGUGAAGCUCUCCCCAGCCUUUACUGGCACAGUGCAACUGGAGAGACGCCCGGAGCCCACCUGGCCGCCAGGGAACGAUUUGUUUCAUUUCGACAACAUGAGAAAUGCAAUGCCGCGUUGCUCCACCAAUCCUGAAGAUAUGUUCAACGUGACGGGCGACCGCCGGGCGGUUGGUGCGGACCGACUAGCGGUAGUGGCCGACAGGCUCGCAGUGGCCGCUACCUCUGAUUUAUCCAAUAGGGCUGAUGAUCAGGAGCUAGAAGAAGAACUACAAGCGUUGGAGCGACGCAUAGAUACGGAAUUCAAGAGUACAGACUAAAUAAGCAUACUGUGAUCCCUAUGGGCCCCUAAUACGUGGACAAACGCACCCACAUUCGUUUACUGAAGAUCUGUAUAGGUGACAGCAACCGAUAAGAGGUAAACAAACCUCAUUCAUAUAUCGGAGAGGACACUUUUUAUUUUGAACCAUAGACACGCCUUCCAUAUUUGAAUUUUAUUUUUACGUUAAGUUUUUCUCUCCGAGAUUUAUACAUGAAGUGUUACGUGAUUGAAUAGUUUUAUACACUUUUGUCACCUAUGGUAGUGCAACAAGUUAUGUGCAGUUUACAAGCCUAAAGAGUACACGAAUGAAUUUUUUUUUAUUUUAAAUUUAUUUUAUAUGAACUUUAAUAUUGCUUUUACAACUUCAUCAACGAUUUAUUUGUAAUAAUGUUAUAACCAAUAUUUAUCAUACCUUAAAUGUGAAAGUUGCAAAAGUGAUAUUGAAUAUGAAUAUAGUUGUUAAUUAUAUAAAUAUUAUAAUUAAUGAUUAUAGUAAUUAAUAAUAUAGUUAUGAAUGGUUAUGUUAAAGGAAAAAUGGUCGACCGAUGAACCUAACGUCACCGUCGCGUUCUUAUAUAUAU